AUGACUUCUAAAGAGGAGACUCCUACUAUUGAUAUUGAAGAAAUUUUAAAAGAUAGAGAUCAAAUCAAGUUUACCAAUAAUCCAGAUAAAUAUUUCACUAAAUCAGAAAAGCAACAAGUUGAUAUAGAAAAAACAUCCAACAGAUUCAGCUAUCUUUUAGGAUUAACUAGUUUAUUCAGUCAUUUUAUAGAAGCAAAAGCAAGUAAAGAUCCCUUAUUCAGAAGAAUUGUUGAUGAUAUAAAUUCCAAAUCCUCAAAAUCCAAAUCUCAAACAAAUGAAUCAAUAAGAAGAAGAAAAACAGAAAAAGAAGAAGAUGCCGAAUUGUUAAAUGAACAAGAAAUAGCAAAACAACCAUUUGAAUUUUUUGAAAGUCCUGGUUAUGUAAAUGGUACUUUAAGACCAUAUCAAAUUCAAGGAUUAAAUUGGUUAGUAUCAUUAUAUGAAAAUAAUUUGUCUGGAAUUUUGGCAGAUGAAAUGGGUUUGGGUAAAACCCUUCAAACAAUUGCAUUUUUGGGUUAUUUAAGAUUCAUACAUAAAAUUAAUGGACCUCAUUUAGUUGUUGCACCAAAAUCUACAUUGGAUAAUUGGCAAAGGGAAUUUAAUAGAUGGAUCCCAGAUAUCAACGUUUUGGUAUUACAAGGUGAUAAAGAAGAAAGAGCAAAUUUAAUUAAAAAUAGAAUAUUAACUUGUAACUUUGAUGUUGUUAUUGCUUCAUAUGAAAUUGUUAUAAGAGAAAAAGCAACUUUUAAAAAAUUUGAUUGGGAAUAUAUUGUUAUAGAUGAAGCUCAUAGAAUUAAAAAUGAAGAAAGUUUACUUUCACAAAUAAUACGUAUGUUUCAUUCCAAAAAUAGAUUAUUAAUUACUGGUACUCCAUUACAAAAUAAUUUAAGAGAAUUAUGGGCUUUACUUAAUUUUAUUUUACCUGAUGUUUUUGCAGAUAAUGAAUCAUUUGAUGAAUGGUUUUCACAAAGUGAAUCUACUGAUGAAGAAGAUAAAGUUAUAUCACAAUUGCAUAAAGUUUUAAAACCUUUCUUGUUAAGAAGAAUUAAAGCAGAUGUUGAAAAAUCAUUAUUACCAAAAAAAGAAUUAAAUAUAUACACCAAAAUGAGUCCAAUGCAAAAAAAUUUAUAUCAAAAAAUCUUGGAAAAGGAUAUUGAUGCAGUUAAUGGAGCAAACAAGAAAGAAUCAAAAACAAGAUUAUUAAAUAUAGUUAUGCAAUUGAGAAAAUGUUGUAAUCAUCCUUAUUUAUUUGACGGUGUUGAACCUGGCCCUCCAUAUACAACUGAUGAACAUUUAGUUUUCAAUGCUCAAAAAAUGAUUAUAUUGGAUCAAUUAUUAAAAAAAUUUAGAUCUGAAGGUUCAAGAGUAUUAAUCUUUUCACAAAUGAGUAGAAUGUUGGAUAUACUAGAAGAUUAUUGUUAUUUCAGGGAAUAUCCUUACUGUAGAAUAGACGGUCAAACUGAACAUAGUGAUAGAAUCAAUGCCAUUGAUGAAUAUAAUGCUCCAGGAAGUGAAAAAUUUGUAUUUUUAUUAACUACAAGAGCUGGAGGAUUGGGUAUAAAUUUGACUUCUGCGGAUGUUGUUAUUUUAUUUGAUUCAGAUUGGAAUCCACAAGCUGAUUUACAAGCAAUGGAUAGAGCUCAUAGAAUUGGUCAAACAAAACAAGUUAAAGUAUUUAGAUUUAUAACUGAAAAUGCAAUUGAAGAAAAAGUUCUUGAAAGAGCAGCACAAAAAUUAAGAUUAGAUCAAUUAGUUAUACAACAAGGACGUAACUCGAAUGGAUUAGAUGGUCAACAAAGUGGUAAAGCAGCAAAUAAAAAUGAAUUAUUAGAUAUGAUUCAACAUGGAGCUGUUGAUAUUUUUAAAAACGAAGGUGGAGAAUCAGAUGAAUCAAAUGAUAUUGAUAUUGAAGAUAUACUUAAAAGAUCAGAAGAAAAAACUCAAGAAUUAAAUGAUAAAUACUCAAAAUUAAAUCUUAAUGCAUUACAAAAUUUCAGUAAUGAUGAAAGUGUUUAUGAUUGGAAUGGUGAAAAUUUCAAAAGAAAAGAACCAACAGCUAUAACUAAUAUUGGUCAUGCAUGGAUUAACCCUGGUAAAAGAGAACGUAAAGAAAAUUAUUCAAUUGAUACAUAUUAUAGAGAUGUUUUAAAUACUGGUAAUAGAGCUCAACCAACAAUUAACAAAUCAGGUCCAAAACCUCCAAAACAAUUAAAUUUAUAUGAUCAUCAAUUUUAUCCAGCAAAAGUUUUGGAAUUAUAUGAAUUAGAAAAAAAUUAUUACAAGAAACAAAUAAAUUAUCAAGUCCCAUUAAAAUCUGGUGAUUCAUCAACUGAAAAAGAAAGAGAAUUAGAACAAAAAUUAGAACAAGAAGAAAUUAACAAUUCAAGACCAUUAACUGAAGAAGAAAAAAUUUUAAAAACAGAAUUAAUGAAACAAGGUUAUGGUAAUUGGAAUAGAAAAGAUUUUUAUAAUUUUAUAGCAGAAUGUGUUAAAUAUGGUAGAAAUUCAAUACCAUUAAUUAAAUUAAAAUUUCCAGAAAAGACAGAAGAUGAAGUAAGAGAAUAUGCUAAAGCAUUUUGGUUAAAUUAUGAAGAAAUUGAAGGAUUUGAAAAAUAUAUUGCUCAAAUUGAACAAGGUGAAGAUAAAAUUAUAAAAUUAAAAUUACAAAAAGAAGCUUUAAGAAGAAAAAUUUCUCAAUAUAAAUAUCCUUUAUUAGAAUUAAAAUUAAAAUAUCCUCCAUCAUCAAAUAGUAAAAAAGUUUAUUCAGAAGAAGAAGAUAGAUUUUUAUUGGUUCAAUUAUAUAGAUUUGGAAUUGAUUCACCAGGAAUUUAUGAAAGUAUAAAAGAUGCUAUAAGAGAUUCACCAUUAUUUCAAUUUGAUUUUUUUUUACAAAGUAGAAAUUUAAUUGAAUUAUCAAGAAGAUGUCAAACUUUAUUGUUAAGUGUUACAAAAGAAAUAAAUCCUGAACAACAAGCUAAAUUAAAUGGUUCAAGUAAUGGAAAUAAUAAAAGAUCAUUAAAAGAUACAACUCCUACAACAACUUUUAAAAAAGCAAAAAAAUAA